AUGCCUAAUUAUACUGCUUGGUAUUGGAAGUUCAUUCCUCAUUAUAGAGAAGUUUAUGAUCCAUAUCUUGAAGAAGAUCAGCAGACAGCUGAAUUUAUGAAUAAAGAGCUUGAACCAAAUCUGGAAUAUAGAGAUGAAGCUAAUCGGAAAUGGUACCAGUUUUUCGAUGAAUAUGAAUAUCGUUACAAUGAACAUACUAGAAAGAAUAAAGUUUGGUGGAGUUGGUUUGAUAAAAAUGCUACAAAAGCUGAAAAGAAAUUGGUACUAAAGUUGGACUUCAUGAUUGUUUUAUACACAAUCGGUGGAUUUUGGUCAUUAACUCUCGACUCUACAAAUUUAACUAAUGCUUUUGUAUCAGGUAUGAGAGAAGAUUUGAAUAUGGUUGGAGAUGAAUUAUCAACUGCAACUGCCACCUUCAGUGCUGGUCAAGUUAGUUUUCAAAUAUUAUUCAUGUACAUUUUCCCCAGAUUACCUUUGAAUUAUUUAUUCUUUGCAACAAAUCUGUUAUGGAGUUUGAUAACAAUUUUAUCAGCAAAUGUUCAAAAUGCUCAGCAACUUUAUGUGUCUCGUUUCUUCUGUGGUGCAGCAGAAAGCUCAUUCUUUGUUCAAGUACAUUAUUUAUUGGGUAAUGUCUAUACAGCAUCAGAAAUUAGCUCGAGAGGUGGACUCUUCUAUACUGGGCUGAUGUUGGGAGGUUUGACGUCUGGUUUAUUACAAGGUCAAAUUUAUCAGUCAUUGAAUGGCGUUUUAGGCAAAGCUGGAUGGAGAUGGAUUUUCAUAAUUGAUGGUGCUAUAACUAUACCUAUAGCAUUCUAUGGUCUUUAUGCAGUUCCAGGGACACCUGAAAAUUGCUACUCGUUGUUUUUAACAGACGAAGAGAUUCUAUUAUCAAGGAAACGAUUGAGAGAUGCAAAUAUUGUGCCACCUUCUAAAAACCCGCCACCAUUUUUAGACUUCAAUUUAUGGAAAAAGAUACUUACAAGCUGGCAAAUAUAUGUCUUGAUGAUUUUUGAUGGGUUAUUCUGGAAUUGUUCUGGUCCAAUUAAGAAUUCUGGUUUCCCAUUAUGGUUAGAUUCAUUGAAACGUUACAGUACACCCGAACUAAAUAGAAUCACUUCAAUUCCAUCAGCAUUAGGUAUUGCAAUUGUGCUUGCUGUUUGUUUAAGUGCAGAUAUAUUCAAAUCAAGAUCUGCUGCUAUCUUGUUUGGUACAGCUAUGACUUUAACAUCUAGUGCUAUAUUAGCAGCAUGGGAUGUACCUGAAUCUGCUCUAUGGUAUGCUUUCUACAUUUGUUACUUUGGUUAUUCAAUCAGUUCAGUACUUUAUGGUUGGUUGAACGAUAUUAUGAGGCAUGAUCCACAAGAGCGUGCAAUUGUUUUAUGUGCGGCCAAUAUAUUUAGUGCACAAUCUAUUGCAUGGUUAGUCCCAGUAGCUUUUCCCACAAGUGAAGGACCCAGAUUCAAAAAGGGCUACAGAUUUGCCACUAGUGUGGAUGCUGUACUACUUGCUUGGACUGUCUUGACGUUUGUAUUGUACAAGAGACAAGAACGUAAAGAUGCUAGAAAAAAUGGUAUUGUUCUUUAUAAUUCAGCUAAAGGUGAUAUUCCUGAGGAAGUUGCAGAGUAUUUGGCUUCCCAGAAAAACGAUACAGAGACUGACACUGAGAAAGUAUCAAUCAACGCUCCCAACAAAGAGUGA